AUGGAACAAAAAUUCAUGGUUGAAUUGCGUAAAAAGGAAGAUCAAUUGAAAAAAAUGUCCACCAAAAAAACUGGCAGUCCCCAACAAAGAUCCAUGGUCAAGAGAAUCAAACAAAGUUCAAGAAAACAAGCACAUGACCCAGAUUUUGAAUACCAACCAAUGACCAAACCCAAAGAAGAUGCAAGAAACAAGACACAAACUGCUGCUGAUGUACCCAAACCAACACAGGGUACCGAUGAAGAAAAAGAGAAGAAGAAUGACAACAAAAAAGAGGGUGCUCAUGAAGCAAAACAACAGCAGAAAGAAAAGAUACAAGAACACAUUGGCCAAGAGAAAGCAGAAGAAUCAAUCCCAAACAAGCCACUCGCCAUUUCAUGCCGUAAAACAAACAAGGUUUGGCAUAGCCUAUCCAAAAAAGACCAAGCCCAAAUUCAACUCAUCAACAACACACAAUCAAGUGCUUGUGUCUGGUCUGGCAGCGAAGAUGAAAACUGCGUAUACUUUUCAGAUAUAUGCAGAUUGACCAACAGGGAACCCUUAUAUGGGAAUGUCAUUGAUGCCUUCUCAGAAAAGCAAUUGGCACUCCAACCAACCAUUGAAGAAUUUGAGAAAAACGAUCUAGUCUUUGCAAGCAAUCCAUAUGCAGGAAGAUCUUACGUUUUCUCAACACUCAUCAAUACUCCACUACAAAACCAAGAUCAAGCACUGAGAGAAAAACUGAUGGACAGCCAUUUUCCAGAAGCAAUGAAAAACAGAUAUAUCCAUUUCCCAAUCAACCACGACAACCAUUGGACAAUUGUGGUCUUUGACAAUGCUGAUGGAAUAUGGAGACACUAUGACUCUUUGAGACCAGCAAAAGAUUGCCACAACAAGCACUUUGAAAUUGCAAAGCAAAUUCAACAACAUCAACUGAGAUGGAAUAAAGCAUUACUCAGCAAACAGGGAAACAUGUUAUCAUCUCAAGAGUGCGAGACAGAAAUUGCAUCAAUUGAGGAAUGCCCACAAUAA